AUGGCGGAUAAAAAUUUCCGAGCUCUGCGCGAGAUAAAAAUCCCCAACAUCAUCCAACCUCCUCAUCAUCCGGAUAAUCAACAACAGCAGCAGACGGCCAACUUCGAAGAAGACGAUCUUACAACCACCAAAGAUAGAAAAUCCAGAAGAGUUAGCUUCUCUGAUGUUCAACAUGUCCGAGAAUUUCAGCGGUAUCUAAAUGUGGAUUCUUCGAGCGAGUCACACGAUUCUUUUUUUGUGACUUCAGAUGAUAUGAGGAACGCCAGUACCACAGAGUUAAGAGGUCCGAACUCAGCAACAACAAUUACACUACCACCGACAACAACAAUAACGUCAUUUGCGACUACAGUAGUGACUCCAUCGUUGGAUAUUGUCGACGGAAACUAUACUAUCUUUGGUGAUGAUGAGAGGUGUUUCCAAGACAGUAAUUAUGGUAGUAAUAAAGUAAUAAUUAAUUAUGCAGUUUCAGAUUCAACGUUUACCAACCAAUCUCAUUUGGGGGCAGGCUCGAUGGUGCCUGGCUUCAACGAAACUCUCAUCAAUAAUAUGAUUAAUAUGACCCAAAAAUUUUUAUACCCUAGCUCACCACAACAUGAAUGUGACCAACAGAACAUCAACGUUCUAUCAUCAUCAACGUCAACAAUAACAUCAUCGCCAUCAUCAUACGCUGAACACCCCUCGAGGACAGAGAUGGACCCACCCAUCCAUCGGACAAUGAUGAUGUCUGAUGCUCCUGAGAAUGACACGAAGGGAAUGGACUAUUCCUCUUCCUGCAUGGACAUCAGCGAAAGUUCGACGUUGGAUUUGAAAAAUGUCAGAGAGCCGACCAUGAUGCGUGACGUCGACGAGGAAGAUGCCAGGAAUGACGACGACGAUGAUGACGUCAUUGUUAAUAAUAAUAAUAACAAUAAUAAUUAUGAUGAUGAUGAUGACGCUGCUAUUUUCCACAAAAAUGUCUCUACUACAUCCGUUGGUCCAAACUACUGUACUAAUGCUAAUAGCAUCAAUAACUCAAACGACUGUAAUACUACUACAUUUAAUAGCUUUAAUUCUACUGCUGCGGCUUCUGGCGCUGCUGCUGCUGCUGUCGUUAUCACGUCACGUAGUAGUAGUAGUAAUAUUACCAUGAACAAUAGAAAUACUUGCAGUGAUUUUGAUCAAGUCGAUUACUUCAAUGUACUUCUUCAGAGAUGUCGUAAUAAUAUUGACGAGGAAUUGAAUCUGAUGAUGGCUGAUGACGACGACGACGAUGAUGAUGAAAUGGGUGAUGGUGACGUUGUUACUAUGGAGAAGGUGCUGUCGUUGUUUAAAAAUGACGAUAACAUAGAUGAUGAAGUGGAAUCUGUAUUUAUCCUCAAAAAUAUCAACGACCAAUCAAAGUGGAGGUACAGAAGCGAUGGAAGUUUGUCACUCAAUUUUCACGCACAUUCACUCAGGGCUUGUCGUAGUAGAUACAAAAACGUAAACCCUUCUAAUGACGAAAAUGAAAGUGAAAGUGAAACCACGACAUUUUUAGGGCCGUAUUGCGUAAUCUCCAACAAACAUCAACCGUCACUAGCUCUACAAAAACUCUUAGAAACUGAUUACAAGCCGUUCAAUUCGGAGGUCGAUUUUUUAAACAUUGUUGAAACCCUUAAGAGAAAAAAGGCUGAAAUUGAUAGGACGCUUAAUCAACAUACCACAACAGCAGCAGCAACUACAAAUAUGACGUCAUUCUCAACGUCAGAGACCAUUGAAUGUAUCGUCAAAGAAUUGGGGCUAGAAUUUUUAUUGAAUGAUAAUAAUAAUGAUGACGACGAUAUUGAUGUAUGGAGCACUCUGAAUGACCUGAUAAAUGAUAAACUUGGGGAUGCUGAUGACGAUCCCGAUAGCGGUGUUUGGAAAGCCAUGGAGUUCAAGGUCAUUCGAGACAGGUGCCUCAAAUCUUUUGAAGAUUUCAGUGAUGUUGUCGUUGAAGAGCUGGAUAAUAUACCUGCCAAAAAGACUAAAAGGUCAAGCAGAAAAGGUUCAUCAUCAUUAUCUACGUCAUCUUUAUCGUCGUCGUCAUCGUCACCAUCAAAUAUGUUAUCGUUAUCGUCACCGGACACGCUGUCUGCCAGUUCUAAUAAGAGAUUGAGGGAUAGUAGAAGUAGUCUGCUAAAGGAAACUGAAUCAUAUGCUGGGGUCCUACAGAAAUACGUCGGUUUCUCCAUACCUACAUGUGACGUCAAUGCGUUGUACAUUCUGAUUGGUCAGUCGGCUUUCUGUCAUUUCAAAUUCAGCCAAUCACAGCAGAGUUUCAAAUGUGUCGAGGCUCUUGUCGGCCUAUCAUAUAAGCAGACCUUUAAAUACAUGGAUAAGCAAGAUUUUUUAGGUGAAGACGACGAUGAAGAUUUUGAAGAUGAUGAGAUAAAAUUGGAAAAUGUGAAGAAUUUACUGAUGGAGCAUCUGCUAGCUGAUAAGUUGGCUGCAUUUGAGGGCGCGGCCAAGAAGUGUCAAUCUCUCUCAGAGCUCUUUAAGACAGUUGACGAAAUGUCGAUGCUGGUGAUGGAGACAGAGGGCCACUACGACUUCCUGAGGUCUUUGGAUAAAUACGGCGUCAAGAGAAUUGUUGAUUUCGAUGGAACAAGAUUUUCCCUGUCGUUUAUGUCAUAUUCUACACCGGCCUACAAGUUCACGAUCUACACAGAUGAUCUAAGGCUUCCACUUUCUAGUAGUUUAUCGUCCUUCCCAUUGCAACCAACCUCACCAACGUCAUCAGUGGCACCUAAAUGGACCAUAGACAUAAAGGCUGCCUCAUUUAGGACGAAAGAUAUCAUGAAGGAGAUCCUGCUCGUACCAUUUGAUCACAGAUAUUUAGAAAAUCUAUAUAGCACCGUUGAAAAAUGGGCUAAAGCCUACCAACAAUCAAAUAAAUAA